CCCUUCCACCCCAUGGUGAACCUGCAGUGUUCGUCAGAACUCAGGAUGUUCCUAUGUGCCCUCUACACUCCGGUGUGUACAGAAUACGGACGCAUGACACUGCCCUGCCGACGGCUGUGCCAGAGAGCCAAGAGAGACUGCUACAAACUCAUGGACAUGUUCGGAGUCACCUGGCCAGAAGAGAUGGACUGUAACAGGUUAGAAGUCUACUGUACUGUAGGGUACACUUUUACACACCUGGGGCACAUAUAUGUUUUGGGGUAUCAUUCCUUUUACCAUUAAUUUAUCAGGAAAUACCUGGUCAUUUCAACAUCAAUAAGAAUGACAUGGCAAAAUGCUAAUUACACAAUAGUAACACUUGAUUUCCUUGCAAAUACAAGGUAAAAACAGUGGAAACAGUAUUGUAAAAUACUACCUUUGUGUCUUUCUGUAAUUGAAAUAUGUGUCUAACAUAAGCUGUUUCCUCUCCGUCCCCCAGGUUCCCAGACUGUGACGAGCCAUACCCUCGUCCUGUAGAUCUGCUGUCCAGCUCAGAUUCCACAGAGUUGCCCAUCUCUGUCCAGCGCGACUAUGGCUUCUGGUGCCCCCGCGAGCUCAAGAUCGACCCCGACCUGGGCUACACCUUCCUGGGUGUGAGGGACUGCUCGCCCCCCUGCUCCAACAUGUACUUCCAGCGGGACGAGCUGGUCUUUGCCCGCUACUUCAUCGGCGUGGUGUCUAUCGUAUGUCUCUCUGCAACCCUCUUCACCUUCCUCACCUUCCUCAUUGACGUAUCCAGGUUCCGCUACCCGGAGCGGCCAAUCAUCUUCUACGCCGUGUGCUACAUGAUGGUGUCCCUGGUCUUCUUCCUGGGCUUCCUAUUGGAAGACAGGGUGGCGUGCAACGCAGCGAGCCCCGGGCGCUUCCGGGCGUCCACCGUCACCCAGGGCUCCCAUAACAAGGUGACCCAUCAUCGGCGUAGUGAUUGAUUGAUUACUGAUUGUUUAAUUAACGAAUCGAUCGAUUGAUUUUCAAUUUUCUCUGUGACAUUCAGGGCUAUUAUAGCAAAGAAGCAGAAAUGAUCCCAUUUUUCUUUGUUCGAUAUUUUCAAUGAUCUUGGAUUUUUCAAUGUCUUCAGUCUUUUUUAAACCUCCCUCCCUCCCUCUCCUCCAGGUGUGCACUUUGCUUUUCAUGGUGCUCUACUUCUUCACCAUGGCUGGCAGUGUGUGGUGGGUCAUCCUCACCAUCACCUGGUUCCUGGCUGCCGUGCCUAAGUGGGGCAGCGAGGCCAUCGAGAAGAAGGCCCUGCUCUUCCAUGCAUGUGCCUGGGGCCUGCCCGGCUGUCUGACCGUCACUCUGCUGGCCAUGAACAAGAUAGAAGGGGAUAGUGUCAGCGGGGUGUGUUUCGUGGGGCUGUAUGACCGCACGGCGCUGAGAUGGUUCCUGCUGGUUCCGCUGGGCCUGGAUGUACUGGUGAGAGGGCUGGAAUGAGUCACAGUGGGAUUAGGUGUGUAAGAAAUGGCAGCCUAUUCCCUAUAUAUGGAAUAGGGUGGCAUUUGGGAUGUACCUUGUGGGUAUGUGUGUGCAAAGUUUAUGUGUGCACGUGCACAAAGUUCAGUAAACGUGUUGACACUGUCUGUGCCUGCUCCUUCGAUUAUACCUGAGUCAUACACAUCUCAAAAUCUAUAGGAAAGUGGAUCUGAAUGGAACUGAAGGAAAUUAUUGAAAUUGUUAGCUACCCAACCAAUAUACCAUAUCUUAUGACAUCAUCUUUUGUCUAAUCCCUCCAUAUCAACUCUCUCUGAUUCUAGGUGGGGGUGGCUUUACUGUUAGCGGGCAUCCUGGCAUUGAACCGCGUGCGUAUGGAGAUCCCUCUGGAGAAGGAGAAUCAAGACAAGCUGGUGAAGUUUAUGAUCCGUAUCGGGGUGUUCUCUGUGCUCUACCUGGUCCCUCUGCUGACGGUCAUAGCCUGCUACCUGUAUGAGAACAGCUAUAGGACUGUCUGGGAGACUACCUGGGUGCAGGAGCGCUGCAGAGAGUACCACAUCCCCUGUCCAUAUCAG